AAGUCAACGCACCACUCGCCCCGUCGCCCGAGACCGACGCCGGCAGUGCCGCACGCCGCCUCCGUCUCUUCUCCCCCACCCUACCCGCACAUCCCCGCCGUCGAUCUGCUCAACACCGCCGCUCUUCGAUCUCCUAAGCUCAGCCGCGUACCUGCUCAGCCCCGCCGCCGUCGGCCGUCGCCGCACCAGCCAUCAUCGACGCCGGACCACGGCGAGGCGUCGAUGCCCUCCAUGGCGGGAGCUGGGAUGAGGGCGUCCAUGACGGGCAGGACCCCGUCCUCCCCCAGUCUCCCGCCUACUACCUUCAGCGGCCCGACCCAAUACGAUGGCAUUACUCCAUCAUCCCCAUGGCCGCCGCCUUCCUCGGCCGGGGACAACUUCUUGGGGACAGCCCUCGUCCCCGGGGCCGCCUGAGCCGCUGCUGCGAGCCAGAGCGUGAGAUUUCAAGUAUGUUGCCAGCCAUGGAGGAGCCCCUUGUUGGGGGUAACGGCAGCACUGAGGAGACAGGAGGGCCAAAGGAGAGCUUGGUGGUGACUGAGGUUAAGAAGCAGCUCUACCUUGCUGGGCCCCUCAUCGCCGGAUGCCUGUUGCAGAGCGUCGUGCAGAUGAUAUCGGUCAUGUUUGUGGGCCAUCUCGGUGAGCUCGCUCUCUCAAGUGCCUCCAUCGCCACCUCCUUUGCCGGUGUCACCGGCUUCAGCUUGUUGUCUGGCAUGGCGAGCAGCUUGGACACACUGUGUGGGCAAGCCUUCGGGGCAAGACAGUACCAUCUGCUCGGCAUCUACAAGCAGAGGGCAAUGCUCGUGCUCACUCUGGUGAGCGUUGUGGUUGCCGUGCUCUGGGCGUACACCGGGCAGAUCCUCCUGCUCUUCGGCCAGGACCCGGAGAUUGCCAUGGGGGCAGGGAGCUACAUCCGGUGGAUGAUUCCAGCACUGUUUGCUUACGGACUGCUGCAGUGCCACGUCCGCUUCCUCCAGACGCAGAACAUCGUCCUCCCGGUGAUGGCAAGCGCAGGGGUCACGGCGCUGAGCCAUGUGCUUGUGUGCUGGUUGCUGGUGUACAAGCUUGGGCUGGGCAACAAGGGCGCUGCCCUGGCCAAUGGCAUCUCGUACCUGGCCAAUGUGUCAAUCUUGGCUAUCUACAUCAGGAUCUCUCCAUCCUGUAGGAGCACCUGGAUAGGCCUCUCAAAGGAGGCGUUUCGCGACAUCCUUAGCUUCAUGAAGCUUGCUGUGCCAUCUGCGCUGAUGGUUUGCCUAGAGUGGUGGUCAUUUGAGCUGCUGGUACUUCUCUCCGGACUUCUCCCAAAUCCUAAGCUGGAAGCAUCGGUGUUGUCCAUUUGCUUGAACACAGGUUCAUUAGCAUUCAUGAUCCCCUUCGGUCUUGGGGCAGCCAUAAGCACCCGUGUUUCAAACGAGCUUGGUGCUGGGCGACCUGAAGCUGCCCGUCUGGCUACUCGUGUGAUCAUGGUUCUGGGCCUCACGACUGGUGUGUCUUUAGGACUCAUUAUGCUCUCGGUGCGCAAUCUAUGGGGGUACGCAUACAGCAACGAGAAUGAGGUGGUGGAAUACAUUGCGAGAAUGAUGCCGCUUCUUUCCGUGACGAUCAUUUUCGACGAUCUACAAUGUGUUCUUUCAGGUAUUGUCAGGGGCUGUGGCUUGCAAAGGAUUGGUGCUUGUGUGAAUCUCAGCGCAUACUACCUUGUCGGCAUUCCGGCGGCGCUAUGCUUUGCCUUUGUCUACCAUCUUGGCGGAAUGGGGCUGUGGUUCGGAAUAAUCUGCGGGAUAGUGGCACAGAUGCUGCUGCUGCUGGGCAUUACCAUGCGCACCAACUGGGAUAAAGAGGCUCUCAAAGCAAAGAACAGAGUUUUCAGUUCGCCCCUGCCUCUAGACAUGACGACAUGAACAUGGAACAUGAUGCUUAAUUGCUCUUGGCCAGGACCUGGACCAGGAUGCUAACUGGGCAAAAGAGAUAAGGAACUCGUUAAGAAUUUAGAAUUGGUCACGGCUUUGUCUUCAUGUCACCAGCAUGGUGCUUCCUCGAAGGAAACGUCACCCGACAAAAUGAUCUGUUCUGGUAGUUUUUGUCGAAGCACGAGAUGGGAUGGAUGUUUUCACAGGCAAAGGCAUGUGGAAAGCGGGAUCAACAGCUGAAUAUUGUUAAGCUAACACAUUUCUUGCUGGUGUGUGCUUUUAUCAAUUAAAACGCAUGUUUCUCAAGAGACGCAAACUGCAAGUGAUUCAGAAUGAGAGUAGCAACUAUUGCCUUUGCUUCUGCUACAUACUUCUGUAUAUUGGCAUUCAACUAUUUUGGUCGUUCCCAUUUAGUUUCUAAAUCCCAGUUAAGCCUUGUGGAAGUCUAGCAGAUCAUAAAUUUGAGACAUGGAUCCAACUUUCUUACGGUGCAUGGAGAAAUAUACUUACGACUUCAGAUUUCAGAUCUGGACUUUAGACUUCAGAAGUUCCUCUGGCCCAUUCUGUCAAGUCUUUUUUUCUUCUUCUCUUCCAUUAGGAUCCAGAUUUGGACUUCUGUACAUUUGCUCCCCAUCUUAGACCAUUAAGUGUUGUACUUUUUGUGCAUUCUAUAUAUGACAUUCUUUGUCAA